CAGACUGACUCAAUAAAUUCACCUGUCACAGUUUUCUGCCUUCAGUUCUGGGUCAAAAAAGAGAGGAUUCAGAUUCAGCAGCCAUGGCAUUAAAGGGAACACUUACUUGGCUUUGCUCACUAGCAGCCUUGUCCUUCACUGCAGCGCAGGAUGAAACUUUACUACAGAAUUGCAACUUGCAAACUCAGGUCAUUGAACGUCUACCAGCUGAUCUCAAGGUGGCGGCACAGUGUGUUGAAAAUCUGAGUGCACAGCAGACCGCUGCACUACUGUUCUCCACGAGGGAUCUGAGUGAUGCUCUGCACAAGCACCAGCUGAAAGAAUGUCAAGAUGCUGAGCCGAAGGAAUGCCCUGUAGCCGAAGUUCCAGAAAAUGGAGGUUUGGCGUGUCUCACAGUUGCCAACAAGCGCUACUGCAAACCUAUGUGCAACCAUGGUUACGAUUUUGGUUUUAUCAGGAGGAGUCGUUUGUAUGAUGAAUGCAGCCAGCAGACAGGACAUAAAUGGGAUACCCAGUACGUGGGAGGAAACAAGCUGGCUGUGUGCAACAAAGAAUCUAUUCAAGUUUCAGGAGCACAGACAGCGUAUUUUCCUAAAGAUCAGGACUGCCUGACGACCAAGAGCAACAGCCAACUGCAGAACAGCACCAUGGAUGUUUUUACCAAUGAGCUGAAGAAUCAAGGCAUACAAGGAGAGCCAGAGUAUGCCUGUCUUGUAUGUGGAUGACCAAGAGGUAGAAACAAGUGUGGAAAAAUGCAUCGACAGAGGUGUUGCAGCAAGAAAUGAAGUAUUUGCAAGUGGAAACAGUUCAAAUCUGUAUGAAAGUUAAACUAACUUCACAAAAAUAAAAGUGUUCCUGUACUUGAA